GGUUUUGCGGCCUCCAGGCGGCGGCUCCAAUUUUUCACUAGGCUUCGAUGAGCCAUCAGAACAGCCUGUGAGGAAGAACAAGAUGGCCUCUAGCAUCUUUGGAACACCUGAAGAAAACCCUCCCUCUUGGGCCAAGUCAGCAGGUGCCAAGUCGAGUGGUGGCAGGGAAGAUUCGGAGUCGCCUGGAGCACAGAGAAGUGCCCCCUCUGAAGCAAGCUCUGGAGACUUCUUAGACCUCAAGGGAGAAGGUGAUAUGCAUGAAAACGUGGACACAGACUUCCAAGCCAGCCUGGGGCAGAUUGAAGAGAAGCCUGUGCCCGCUGCUCCUGUGCCCAGCCCAGUGGCCCCGGCCCCAGUGCCAUCCAGGAGAAACCCCCCUGGCGGCAAAUCCAGCCUGGUCUUGGGUUAGCUUCCUUUGUUGGAACUCUGUCCUUCUGUCUGUUUUUCCGUGCUUGUGAACUGCACACCGUGAGCCUGACUGUACAUCUUUGCAUUUGUUCAUUAAAAGAGAAGCACUUUA